AAAAGUGCAAAAGAAGGCAAAACCACAGAAAAACCAAUAAGAAAAGGGUAUAAGUUAUUCUUUGAAAACUAUGUUUUUGAUGUAGUUGGGCUAAAUGUGGAUAGUUGCAGUAUUAAAGGAAAGUGCUAUCGAUCCCCAAAAAAGUCACAAGUGCCUCAUAACAUAACUGUUAAUCUGUCCAAUAAUGGAGACAUUAUCAAUGCAAAAUGUAAUUGUGUAGCUGGAGCAAGUGGUUUCUGUUGUCAUGUCAUGGCAUUAUUAUAUCUCAUUGACCAUACUCUGAAAUUAGGCUUGGAGACCUUUCCUAGAGUGGGUACAUGCACUGAUAAUCCACAGCAAUGGCAUAAACCAAGACCAUUAGGAAUCAAGGCAGAACCUAUCAUGGGGAGUAGUGUCAUUGACCCUAAGCAUGAGAAGAAAAGAUUUUCAGGAAUACAAAGGCAGGGUCCUGCACAAAAUAGUAGUGGUGCAAAACAGUUUACAUGA